AUGUUCCCCUGCCGCAUCGUGGUCAAGGCCCUAGCCGCCAGCUACUGCCACCUGCCCCUUGAGACGAUCAGCGUAGAGGGCAAAUACGAGCUGACGGGGAUGCGGAAUUUGGUGUUGCAGACCUGGGCUUUAUUUUCAUUACUGCUUGGAAUUGCCGCAAAUAUUCGUUACAAUCAGAAGAUCUACACACAUGUAAAAGCCAUCAAAUUUGCCGACCCAAUGAAAUAUGGCUUCCGAAUAAUCUUCCAUGAUGAAUUCCUUAAAAGCACCCUUGCUCCAACUCUCCUCCCUACCCUCUACAUCACCGCAAUCCCGUUGAAAAAGGACGAGACGACGGUGACCAAGAUGUUCUACCCGGAUACGAUUUACGAGGACAAGCAGGUUGCCAUCAACGAUUUGAAAGAGAAAUCGUGGUACAUUGUCUGCAUCGAAUGGGAAAAUAUCAGCCGACACAACGAGACGACUGGCUCGGAUUGCAAGCUUUUCAGAACGCUUGACCGUAUGGGUAAAUCGGCCGAUUCGACGCUGGGCGAUAUUGGAAUCCCGGAGACGGAAAGUCAAUCAAUAGCCUAUAGAUUCCGGGUCCAUGCCGAAUUUCCGAUCAGAUAUACGAUCGGAUUGAGUGGUGGUAGUGGCCCAACUCCACCUUCUCAUGUCUUCAUGGUCACCCAACCCUCAGAUCUUGAGGGCAUGUUCACCUACUUGCGACAAUAUACCAAUUACGGCAAGUUAUGCAUUACUGAAGAACCGUUGACCACGGGUUACUCCGCUAUGGGACGAUUUGUCAGCAGCCCAUACGUUCAUAAAUGCUACUUUGGUGACUUAACAACGAAAGACUAUGAUAUCCAAACAUACGAUAGCGAAGCUUUGGCGAGAAGCGCAUCAACAUUUUCUAAAUUACUUUCUUUGAUCAUCCUUCCGGUCCUGCUCUUACUUAAA